UAUGUGAAAAGAAACUUUAAAUUAUAUACUUCAUCCGUCCUAUUAUAAGUGGCAGUGUUUGAAUUUCGAGAGUCCAACAAUUUUUUCUUUGAUUACGUUGAUGCUUCAACAUAUAGUCAAAAGAAAGAAAAAAAAAGUGAAGCUGCAAAACAUUGUCACAAAGUUGAAGAAGUGUAAGAGUAGGCAGAAUCCAAAAUGGAUUACAGAGAGUCAAACAUAAUCCAAAUUGGAUUACAGAAUAAAUCUCCAGCAAAGACAAAAAGAGUGCUUAAGCUGUUGAAAGGAAAUGACUCACACUGGUGAAGCUUCUGAGGGCCAUAAAUCUGAAGGCAUUGAUACGACGAUUGAGAUAAAAGUAAAAACUAUGAAUUCUGAAACCCACAAUUUGCGUAUUAGCAAUCAGAGGAGAGUAUGGAAUUUGAAAGAACACGUAUCUCUUUUGAUAGGGAUGCCAAUGGAACAACAGCGUCUAAUCUAUUGUGGAAAAGUCUUACAGGAUGAUGACCUCCUUUCUUCAUACAAUAUUCAACAUGGUGAUACUUUGCAUCUGGUUUGCACUGUCCAGAGCAUGUCAUCCUUUGCUGCUACUGAUGAGAUUUCUCCAGAUACUCAACAGGAAAUACCCAACUCUCUAGAAAGUUUAUCACGAUAUCUCAACAUAAUGAGACAAGAAUAUAAUAUGAACAGAACAGAAAACAAUACGAAUGAGGUACUCGGAAGUGCAUCCAAUACUUUCACUCCUCCACAAGGAAUUCCAGAAGUAGAACAAUUAGCAAGACUGCUGUCGUCCACUAGGGAUAUGCUUAUUAGCCAAACUGCGCAGCGCUUUCUCGAAUUGGAACUGGAUCUGCGCCAAAAUCUGGACAUGGGUGAUCCGAGGGUGCGCCAGGUAACCCAGUUAAAUGCAGAGACAACAAUCGGAACAAUGUUCAACAAUCUAGGUGCAUAUUUUCUUGAACUUGGCCGUGCAGUGAUGGGAGUCCAAAUGGGUGACAAUGGGAGUGCUGCCGUAGUUAAUGCUGGUCCUGCAGUCUAUAUAACCGACUCGGGUCCACUGUCCAUCCAGGAAGAACUUUAUUCUGUGCUGCUCUCAACAAUACACAGCCUGAUCAACUCUGGUUUAGUAAAUGAUAAUGAUACGAGGCUGCACCAGAGGCAAGUUGGUACACAAAUGAUAGGAGAAAGACAAGCACCCAAUAUGCUACGAGUCCGAAACACCAGAUACUUUCUUAGACCCAUAGUUGCCACAGCUGAUCAAAGUGUGCCACCAGGAAGUGGCGUACCAACGGAAGUUAGCCAAUUUUUGAGAAGUAUGUUCCUUAGUGGUGAACUUGAAGCUGCUACACCUGCAGGUGCAACUGUGAAUAACGUCGUUGACAACGCAGGGAUAUUAAGUGUAUCUUCUGGACCAUCAAUUAUAGAACCAAGAAGUGCUCAUGAAUCAGCUGGUGAACCUGCUAAUGAAGAUGUUGGGACCUCUCAUCGACAAACAGCUGAUUUUGCUGAAAGCCCAUCACAUGCAAAACGACAAAGGAUGGAGUGAUGCCUUUAUCGUGGGAGCCUUAUGCAUUCGGGUAUCAGUUUCUUCAUUACUAACAGACAGUUUCUUCAUUCUUCAGCUUUGCAAAUCUUCGUAGUUAUUUUCUUGUUUUCUUGUUUGUUUUGUGACGAUUUUUUACUGGAUCGAUCUUCCCUUAAAAACUUAUGACAACGGAUUUUAAGCUUUCUGCUCAUUGAUGUUGUCUUUUCA